AUGUCAGUUUGCAGGAAAUUCGGUCGAAAUAAUGGUUACUAUUGGUUCAUCGUUCUUCCCAAAUGUAGCAAAAGCCUUAUUUCCCGGAAUUCACAUAGCUCUACAAAUGGUGUUGAAAUGACUAGAAUGCAACAGCACUAUGCUCUGUUAAAUAAGAAAUGCGAAGAACACAUAACCACAUUCGAUCAAGUUAAUCCGCGGGAUGUAUUUGUAAAUAAUGAAGUAAAGUUGAGCAAAAUUCAAGUGUACGGGUUUGAUUAUGAUUACACAUUGGCUCAUUAUACAUCCGCGUUGGACGAAUUUAUUUUCAAUGAAUCUCGUAACUGGCUUGUUGAACAGAUGAAGUAUCCUGAAGAAAUUCUGAACUAUGAUUAUACUGAGUUCGCUAGACGUGGUUUACAUUUUGAUGUAAAACGAGGCUUAUUAAUGAAAGUAGAUGCAUUUCAUCAUAUUCAACUGGAUACUGUUUAUCGUGGAUUUAAACUACUGUCAUUGGAUGAGAUAUUAAAAGUUUAUCGUGGGAGUCAUUUAUCUAGUGAUAUUUUAAAACAAAAAUUUACACCUAAUGACACCAUUAUGAUUCAGUUGAUGGAUCUUUUCCGAUUACCGGAAAUUAAUCUUCUAUGUUCUAUUAUAGAUUUUUUUGAUCGACAUGGAAUAGAUUAUAAGCCUGUUUAUGUUUAUCAGGAUGUUUCUACAGCUGUAGCAAGAGUCCAUAAAUCUGGCCUUCUAGGUCAAACUGUAAUGUCUGAUCCAGAAAGGUAUAUUGCGAAGGCACCAGAACUGUCUACGUUUUUAUAUCGCUUAGUAAAAAAUAAUAAGAAAUUAUUUGUUAUUUCAAACAGUUCAGCUGCUUACAUAGAUAGGGGUUUGAAAUUUUUGGUUGGAAACGACUGGCAAGAAUUAUUUGACGUGAUCAUUUCUAGAGCCAAUAAGCCAUCGUUCUUUAAAUCACCACUCGGGCAAUUUCGACGUACUGAUAUCAGUGGGACUUUCAAACAUUGGGAAGCAGUUCAAACAUUUAAACGAGGUCAAAUAUAUGAAGGAGGUUGUUUAGAACAGAUGAUAAAACUUACAGGUUGGUCUUCAGCUAGUAUAUUAUAUUUUGGAGAUCAUGUCUAUGCUGAUCUUGCAGAUGUAGCCAGUACAUAUGGUUGGAUGACUGGAGCUGUUAUACCGGAACUUGAAAGUGAACUUAUUGCUGCGAAUAAUCAUGAUUUCAAAAUUAAUUUAAAACGUUUAAGAAUGCUAGAAAGAUUAAUUCAGGAAAACCAACAUGUUCAUACAGCUGAAGCAAAAUUAUUACUUGAAAAGUGGCUUGAUGAAAGAAAUGCUUUAAGACGUGCUAGUAAAUGUGUAUUUAAUCCACAAUUCGGAAGUAUUUUUCGUUCUUUUCAUAAUCCGUCUUAUUUUUCACAACGUCUUGGACAAUAUGCAACACUGUAUACGUCAAGAGUUACGAAUCUCUUACAUUUUCCACUAGAUCAUGCAUUUUUCCCUAAAAGAACUGCUUUACCACAUGAAUCAUUUUAA